GAGCCAACCUGCAUACGUAGUUGUAUGCGGUUGGUUGCGCUGACAGUGCGGGAUGGUGUACGCAUUGCAGAGUCUUGGUAGUCAAGCAGGCAUCAAGAUUCAUAGGCAGACGUGGAUCUUAUUCUCUUGACUUCUCUACGUCAGUUCUGGAUCGUCCCAAGAAACGCAAACAAGAGCGCUUGCGUGUCGCCGACAAAGCGCAUUGCCACCGGAUCGACUGCUUCAGAACAUCAAACAAAACAGAAGAGGUUUCGGGAGUGAUGGGAUGGAUGGAUGGAUAGAUUGACUCACUCUAAUCUUGACUAAAAUCUAAGUUUGGUUUAAAGGACCCUCCGCUGCUUUUUGCUCCCCGCGGCGCUUAAACCGGCCCUGCGAGGCUGCGACGUCUUUUUUAGUCUCGUUUGCUUGACGGCCCCCUUUCUUACUACUUAAAUUUUUCGCCAACCCCAUUUCCUAUUGUCUAUCUCUACCCAGCUGUGGUAGCUUGCGACAAGUCAUCAUGAAGCGCAUCUUCAAUUCCUUCAGCAGGCGAUCCAGUCCCGCGCGCGACUCCCCUUCGUACCCCGAGGACUCUCCGGAAGGUAUCAUACUCAGAGAAGUGACCGCGUUCUGCGAAUCGGGCCCCAACAGCGCCAAUGGAGACGAGUUCGUUCACCUUCCUGCCAUCGUUGAGAGUGCCGAAUCCAGCCCCAACGCCGCCCGCGAAGCCGCCCUUCGCAUCUCCAAGCUGUUGUCCAAUCCCGCCAAAACCCGGAGCAAUGUGCAGUACAAUGCGAUCAUGCUCAUGCGCAUCCUCAUCGACAAUCCAGGACAUACCUUUUCGCGGAAUAUCGACGCCAAGUUCGUGGCGACUGUGAAGGAUCUCUUCCGCAACGGGCGGGAUAUGAAUGUACACAGCUUUUUGCGGGACACGUUGGAUUCGUUAGAAAUGCAGCGGGCAUGGGACGAAGAUCUCGCACUGCUCCUGGGGAUGUGGAGCAAGGAAAAGGAAAAGUAUGCACCUAAGAAUACGGGUAAUCCCGGCUUGACACAACCCCUGGUUCAGCCAUACCGACAAACCCCGAACUACUUCAACACCCCCAACCAGAACCAGCAUGGCGGACUACCACAGCCCGAAGAGCUCUCUGCACGCAUCUCCGAGGCCAAGACAUCCGCGAAGCUCCUCAUCCAAUUCGUCCAAUCCACGCCUCCGGCCGAAAUGCUUGAGAACGAGCUCAUCAAAGAAUUCUCCGACCGGUGUCGCACCGCCUCCCGUUUUAUCCAGAACUACAUCCAUGCUACAAAUCCCGCCCCAGACGAGGAUACCCUCGUGACGUUGAUCGAAUCCAACGACGAACUAUCCGUCGCUCUGUCCAAGCACCAGCACGCCUUGCUCCAGGCGCGUCGCGCCCAGGGACAAUCCGGCAGCCAGUCCCCUGCAUCAUCUAGUCAGGCCUCGUCCUCUGGCGCCGUGCAACCCCCAGCCCCGGCAGCAGCAGGAUCUUCUGCACCGCCGGUUCCGCCUCGGAACCAAACGCAGAGCCCGCUAUCCUCGGGCUCUUCCUCGACUGCUCCGGUCCUUCCGCGCACGUAUAGCAACGGCGCAGGCCGGUUCGAGUACCGCUCGGAGGAUUACCAGGUGCAGAACCCGUUUGCUGAUACUAGCGCACCUGCUGCUACUGGUGCUGCUCCUGUGGCUCCUGCGGUAUAUGGUGAUCAGCAGCAGGCUCGCCCGGAGGGGUCAUCUCCUGAUUGGUGGGCCGAGGGACAGCAGCAGCGACCGGUACAGCAACAUUAUUAAGAUUGUAUGGAUUGGAAGGUGGUAAUUUGAUGACGAUUAUUAUUGUUUGACUUUUGAUGUAUCGAUACCUUUUGUGAUACCUCUACCGCGAAGUGAAUUUGAUUUGCCAGAUGUGCUUGUUUGGUACUUUCGUACAGAGUACUUAUUGGUUGCCUAUUGUCAUGAUCUUGUUAUCACAAACAAAG